AUGCUGUCAAGAAGUGUUCGUUGUUCUAGAAAUGUGUUAAUUGGCGUUAGACGUUAUGCGUCGUCAAAAGCUGCUGCUGCCGGAGUAAGUGGUAACCAAUUAUUGGUAUCUAAGCAUGUACAAGAUAUUGAUCCUGAGAUGUUCGAUAUCUUGACAAAAGAGCGUCAAAGACAAAAGCACUCUGUCACUUUAAUUCCUAGUGAAAAUUUCACUUCCAAGUCAGUUAUGGAUCUUUUGGGUUCAGAAAUGCAAAACAAAUAUUCUGAAGGGUAUCCUGGUGAACGUUACUAUGGUGGUAACCAAUUUAUUGACAUGGCAGAGUCGCUGUGUCAAAAGCGUGCUUUAGAGCUUUACAAUUUAGAUCCUGAGUUAUGGGGUGUCAAUGUUCAACCAUUGUCCGGUGCACCAGCAAAUUUGUACGCUUAUUCUGCUGUGAUGGAAACAAAUGAUCGUUUGAUGGGAUUAGACUUGCCACACGGCGGUCAUUUAUCUCACGGCUACCAAUUGCCAAGCGGUACCAAAAUUUCUUACAUAUCAAAGUACUUUCAAACAAUGCCAUAUCAUGUCGAUGCUCAAACUGGUAUCAUCGAUUACGAUACUUUGUCUAAGACGUCUAAACUAUUUAGACCAAAGGUCAUUGUUGCUGGCGCUUCAGCAUACUCCAGAGUAUUGGAUUACAAGCGCUUUAGAGAAAUCGCUGAUGCAUGUGGAGCCUAUUUGAUGGUUGACAUGGCACACAUUUCUGGUUUGAUUGCAGCUGGUGUGACCGCAUCUCCAUUUGAUUAUGCCGAUAUUGUUACAACCACCACACAUAAGUCAUUACGUGGUCCAAGAGGUGCAAUGAUCUUUUACAGAAAGGGUGUCAGAAAGGUUACCAAGAAGGGUAAGGAAAUCAUGUAUGACUUGGAGAAGAGAAUCAACUUCUCUGUGUUCCCUGGCCACCAAGGGGGACCACAUAAUCAUACUAUCUCUGCUUUGGCAGUUGCCUUAAAGCAAGCUUCUACUCCAGAAUUUAAGGAAUACCAAACUGCUGUAGUAGAGAAUGCCCGUGUGUUCAGUGAAGAAUUAAUCAAAAAGGGUUUCAAAUUGGUCUCUGAUGGUACUGAUACUCAUUUAAUCCUUAUCAACUUGUCUAACUUGGGUAUUGACGGUGCAAGAUUGGAAGCUUUAUUGGAAAAGAUCAACAUCGCUGCUAACAAGAACACUAUUCCAGGUGAUAAAUCCGCUUUGUUCCCAUCUGGUUUAAGAGUGGGGACUCCGGCUAUGACUACUAGAGGAUUUGGACCUCAAGAGUUUGCUCAAGUUGCUAGUUACAUUGAUAGGGCGGUGAAAUUGGCAAUUGGUAUUAAAUCUCAAGAGUCCCCAGAUGCUAAGGAUGCAAGAUCUAAGUUAGCAAACUUUAAGGAGUUAUGUAAUGAGUCCGAACAAGUUAAGGAACUUGCAGCUGAAGUUUACCAAUGGGCUGGCGAAUUCCCAGUCCCAGGUGAACUAUAG